AUGGCUCGUCGCGCGGAGCGCUUGAUGCUUUCCACGCUUCUGGUGCCAAGGAGCAUUGCGCAGAUUCGCGUUGUGUGCAGGGAGAACAAGGUGGCCAUCGACUGGAUGAAUCGUUUCUUGCCCAUGCUACGAUUUGGCAGCCCAGACCUGGGCUUCGAAUUCCAGCGUUUGUCUCAACAGCUGCAGGCCAGUGCAGCGAACGACGCUGCGGACCCUGAAGAACCCGCAUUGCAAAGCACGGAAGCAGAACUAGAAGCUCAAGAAGAGGCAGACGUUGAGAACAAGGAUCCGCAGGAGUGUAUUGAGAUUCAUUUUGCAGAUGGCAGCUACCAAAGUCUCAACCUCCAGCUCUAUGUCUCCUCGCACCAAGUCAUGCAGCGAAUAUUGGACAUUGAUGCUGACAAGGCUGCGAGCAGCUGA